GAGCACACAUCUGCACUUCACAGCAAGGCGUGGUCAGAGCUGACAGGUGGGCCCGUGUACAGCUGCAAUACUUGAUCCAGAGGAUACUUAACUGCUUCUUUCUUCCCGGCAGAUAAACACAUACAGCUGCAACAAAAUGCCAAAGUGCCCAAAGUGCCAGAAGGAAGUUUACUUCGCCGAGAGGGUGACAUCACUGGGCAAGGACUGGCACAGGCCAUGUCUGAAGUGUGAGAAGUGCAGCAAGACACUUUCAGCGGGCUCACAUGCAGAGCAUGAAGGGAAGCCAUACUGUCACAAUCCCUGCUACGGUGCAAUGUUUGGACCUAAAGGAUUUGGACGUGGUGGAACCGAGAGCCACACAUUUAAAUAGACAGGUUCAGGACCUGCAGUAAACAAUAUUGCCUGGAAACCAGCUCAAAGAACCCAGCAUGCUCACAAUAAGUCACAAUAAAAACCAGCAGACAAACUGUGCUGUUAUUCUAAGGAAA